AUGCCGCCAUUCUCCUGGCGCAAAAACAUUCCUUUCGUGGCAGGAGUUGCGGUUUGCAUCCGGGAGAUGCCCCAGCCGCCUCCCAGGCAGAUCAGCCCCUUAUCUAAUGGCCAUCCAGUUUGCAAAACAUGUUCCGACCACAAAUAUCCGUGCCUUGGUUACAAUGAGUCUGCGAAUCUGCCAGCAACAGGCCCCCAAUCCUCGCCGCCGGGGGACGGACUGGGAAACCAAGGACACGAAGCAUCAAAUCGGAGAGAUUCGACCGAACGGCCCCGCUCAAGCCCUCUGAUCCCAAUCCCAGGCUCCAGCCAGACAUCACCGGAAGCGUCGACGCCCAAGGAAACCCCGAAUCCUCAGGGUCCCAGAGAACAAAGUCAAACCUUGAAAGCCUCCGAGAGCCCUGGCAGCAUCUUGCAUACGGGUAGACCGGACCGCAUGCUGAUUCUUGAAGGUCAUUCGGCCCUGAUAUCCAGUCGUCGCACGCAUGUACCCUACUUCCGGUAUUUCGGACCCACGGCAAUCGUGCCUGGUUUCAAACAGAUGGUCGUCCGCGUCCGGGAAACGAAGAAGGGUAAUCCAUCUACGUCUACAGACUCUGCAUCAUCCACGCGUAGCCCAAAUGUGUCGAAAACCGAACCUCGUUCCUCUAUUCAUACUGCAUCAACUUCAAGUAGCAUUCAGUUUUAUGACCCGGAAGAUCCUCUCCCUAAUAGCGAAAUAGUUACGCAUUUAUGCGAAGUUUUCUUUAUUCAUUUGAGCUGCACUUUUCCAUUUUUACAGCGCGAUCUCUUCCUUCGAGAUUUGGCGGAGAAGCAGCUUGAGCCUGUGAUUGUGGAUGCGGUGUGUGCACUCGCCGCCCGAUUUUCCUUGCACCCGCUCUUAACUACGGGAUCAGCAAGCGAAACCAACUAUCCUCAUCGUGGCGAUGUUUUUGCCCAACGCGCAAUGUGCGCGGUCGUUGAUGCUUUGUCCUGCCCAACGGUAUCUGGAGUCCAAGCAUGUCUCAUGCUUGCUUAUGAACAAUUCGGAUCCAACCACGAUAGCGGCCUCUGGAUGUACUUAGGGAUAUCUAUCCGAAUGGCGCAGGACCUGGGGUUGCAAAAGCUAGAGGGCCUGAAAUACAACUAUGGACGCCUUGGACUGGCGCCAAAAAGUGUUGGGUCCGGUCAGGCCGGCCGACUUGAUGAAGGACAGGCCAGCAAUGGCACCAAUAACAACGCCCAAAUCUCGGGCGAUCCAACCAAUCUGGAUCUUGAACACGCAAAAGAGCGUGAAAGAGUUGAUACGUUUUGGAGUCUUUUCCUAGUGGACAGGAUCAUCUCAUCGGGAACUGGUCGACCUGUUACUCUUCGUGACGAUGACGUCGAAAUAUCCUUUCCCUUGCAGUCGGAAUCCUCGUUGCCGAACGGGUGGCCAGCUCCUUUCCCUGCCUUGAUCAGGAUCAUCCACCUCUACGGCAGAGUAACCGAUCUACUAAAUGCUAUCAAAGAAAUUAACCACGUUACCCCAGAGACGUUAAAACAAUUGGCUGGCAUGGAAAGCGACCUGACCGGGAUCUACCAAAGAUUAUCCCCUAAGCUACAUUUCAAUGCUAUAAAUUUUCAAAGCUACGUCAAAGUGGGCGAAGGGACCAACUUCAUACUGCUACACUCUUGGUUCCACGCAUUGAUUGUUCUCGUUCACCAGCCUACCUUGUUACAUUCGUUCAGUGGACGGAUUCAGCAAUUGUUCCCAAAUAGCCGCGAGCUCUCCAUGUCUUCAGCCAAAACAAUAGCCGAUAUCCUUGCCUUUGCUGAACUGAUUGAUGCGAAAAGCUUCAUUGGAACCCCUUUCACUAGCCAACCGACAUAUAUCGCUGCCUGUGCAUUUUUGAUGGAAAGUGCUCUGUUUUCAAUGCCUUCGUCCCGCUCGCAUACUCCUCCAUUGGGAGCGGACAUGAUCGACCAACCUCUAAUGAUGGUGACGCCGGCGGAUGGGGCCGCUGUAUCGGGGCAAGGCUCCAAUGCAAAGUAUAGUCUGUUAGCGGCCGCCGCCAAGGAGAACUAUCAGCGCUGCUACAAAGCUUUGCAAUCGUUAGUGGCUUACUGGGAAGGAACUAAAUAUAUUCUUACUGUUCUCGAUCAGAAGUCAAAAGGCAUAUGGGAUCCUCAACUCUAUACAGAUGAAGAAAUGAAUGGUACUGUUGGGCAUUCCUCCCUAGGAAACAAUCAGUCAUCUCAGACAUGGCGGAAACUGUCGACAUCAAAGGACAUUACUCUAUCAACGGCGAAACAUGAGAAACCGAACGUCAUCGACACCAGCAAUCAAGCUAUAAAUAGCGACUCAAAGCUGGGGGGCCCAUCCCCGAAGAAUACCAGUCAAGCCAUUGGAUGGGCGCUCACUGGUGCGACCGGUUCCUCGCAACCGAAUCUCAGCUUUCUCUACCAAAUGCCAAGAACCAGGCCAGACGAAGCAGCGACGUACCUCCCGCCGCAAUACGACUCUUAUCAGAGCGUGGGAGCCCAAACUAGUCCUCCGACGCCAUCAUUCUGCUCCUUUUCCGACACGAAGGUUGCAUAUCAACCUGGGCCUACGCCUAACCCCCCCUCUCAACUAGUCCCAAAUCCGUCGCCGAAUGCCCCACGAUAUUCAUGCGUGGGACCAGAGGCUAUAUCGUCUUCGAACCCAUCCUUUCCCCUUUCGAGCUCCGAAUUUACGAGCCAUCAUCCCCACACCACCACUUCCCAAAAUCCCUUCCAGGAUGCGUCUUUGAAUACAACGCCGACAAGUUAUAGCUACAGUUUAGCCACAGCUAUGCGAACCAAUCAUCGAUAUUUCACAGAUAACUCUUUGAGUGAUUAUGCUGACCUCGGCGCCAACAUACCGAAUAUGACGAUUGAGAGCCAGGACAUCGAUAUGAACACACUUCAAGUCCCAGGCACAUUCCCGUUUCCCUUGGACGGGGAAUUUAUGCCUUGGCUAGAAUAUUUGCCAGAUGAUAUUCUACAAUCGAAGAAACGGCCUUUGGGUUUGCAAAUGGAGCAGGCAACGGAUAGCCACGAUGCCUACUCCCCGCCAUCCGACCUUGACACCGGAUAUUACGGAGCUACUCCAGCAGACGGGGACGAUGUGACUUACCCAUCUGCGUCAGAGAAGGAUUUUACACGGCGUAACGGUGGUUUUGGGGACGAGAACGGCGGAAGAAGAUCGCAUCGAUCGUCGAUAUCUUCGCUUCCGGGCUCUGUUGUGGUCCAUCCUCGCGCCGACACGCUCCAUGGCGUGGAUGACAGUCCCCCCAGAAUGUUGGUGGGAAGUCCAUCGAGCUCGAACAAGGUCAAGGCGUAUUGUUUCCCUGCGCACGUUCGCGAUCGAGACUCGCCCUUUCGACACCCGAGUUCCGUGCGUGCAAUGCAGAUGGGUGACGAGGAUUCAGAGCUGGAUGCAUUAUCGCCAUCUGGAAGGACGCUCAAGGCGCGCAAACAACGUGCAGCCCUUCGCGCACAGUCACCUUGCAUGUCAGAAAUGUCAAUGUCGAUGCGAUCCGGGGUAGCAUCGCCUUCAUCUUCAACAAAGAAAUAUUACCGGUCGCCGCACACAAGAUCAUCGCAGAUGAUUGUCGAGGAGGAAGCAAAGAAGGAAUACCCUCUGGUGCUGCUACAUUGCAAUUUACUGCCGCCCUCCUUGUCACUACCGCCUCGUCUAGGUACCCCCAGCGCAGAGCUAUUACGAGAAGUUCUCCCUGAUGUGUACUGGCGGAGAUGGAAAGUGCUUGAAGACAGCGUUGUCGGGUCAGGCGUACUCAGGGACCGCGGCGUACUCAUCUCUCAUCCGCAAGAGGCCUACGAUGUGCUUGAGGAAAGGCUGUUGGAGAGCCUUGAGCUGAUCAGGCCAAGGUUGGCAUACGGCCACUUCUUGGGUGCUGAGGAGGGGAAAAGCGGCAAUGAGGAUGAGUCUGAACGUGUUGUGGAUGCCGGAGAGGGUGCAAAAUGCCACGACUGCGGCCAAAAGGUUCUCAAGGAUCCGGAUGGUGGAGAGAGGAAAUGGGAGGUUAGGAUCUACGCUGCCAACGGCCUCAUGAGAGCCGGGGCGUGGGCUGCGGCAUGGAAGGAUAUGGAAAAGGUUGAUGUGGAAGUUGGGUUAUGGCUUCCAAUGGAUGUCAAACGAGAAUUAGAGCGCAAGAUGCUUGAAGAGGAGACCUUCCGGAUGGAGGCUGAGCUUCGGGCUGUUGAGGAAGAAAAGAGGCAAAAGGAAGUGUAUGGCGAAUCCGGCUGUCCAUCACAGGAAGAGAUCGAUGGGCUGGUAGACCCUUUCGACCCCGACAUCUCUGGCGAUCAGCACCAGCACCAUGGAUCGGUUCCGGUACAUGACCCGCGCUCGGAUAUAGGCGUGUUCUCCUAUAAAGGGCUCCGAACUAUGGACUUCCAAACUGUUACUGCGAAGUACACGCGGCUCCUCCUUCGUGAUCCUAUUGUGACCUUCGUGGCCGGGGUGAUUCUGAUACUCGCCAUUAUUUACGCACCAUCGCGAGUCCCAACGACAAUAGCCCCAAGUACUGGUCCAUCUUCCUCGCCUCAUAACGUGGUGACGGUGACCUCAUAUCAAACGCCUCCCGUAUACACGACAACGGUGUUUGCGUCAUCGCCAGCGUCAAAAGAGUGGACUCACAGCCCUAUAAUCCCUGCAUUGACAAUUGCAAACAACGGCUCACGGCCCUCAGGUGCUCCUAUUGUGCCAGCCGCCAAAAUCGUUGCGGCUGAACAACCCGCAGAACCGGAUUCAGCCUUGGAUGUUGGAUCCGUCUUGUCGGCUCAUAGGAGCCCCGAUGAUGAGGAGGGGAAAUCGAUCUCCGCCGUUCCUCCAGCGGCGCCUGUGAUGGACCAGCAAUCUAUGGGACUUUGCUCCCGCUCGGAUGGCGCGUCCACAGCGCAUUCGAAGUCGCAUAAGCACAUUGAAACCCGCGCCACCGUGACCUCGUUUCGUAUGCCUGACUGGUGGACACCAGGUGAUUCACCGAACAACUAG